GUUGGCUUCGGCAGCAGCAGGCCUCGAGAUCUGGGUGUUACCCCCGAUCUCGAGUCCUCGGCCCUCAAACAGCAGUGACGGCACACAGCCACCAGCGACCUCUCAUCAGGGCACACGACUGUAGUAACUCUAGCUAGCUAGUCUUCCGAUACAAUUUAAUAAGAAGAAUAUCAAGGAGGGAGCAACAACGCAAACUUUGACACUUAGUAAGCUGUCUACAUCCCAGUAGGCCCCUAAUUGUAACACAGAUGGCUGUGGACGAGGCGAAAACGAGUGGAGAUGGAGGGGAUGCGAUUCCUGUAUCUUCAGUGGCCAUGAAGCUGCUGGAUAUGCGGCUGAAGCCAUCGAGUGCGAUUGUGACAUCUGUGGCCGGGGAGUUUACGGCUGCUGGGAAUCACGAGAUUGUGAUUGCUCGAUCGGGAGGAACUCUGGAGUUGCAUCGGAUUGUCCAAGGCAAGAGUGACAAGGAAGACGAAGAAGACGACGAAGAAGAUCCGCCAACGGUCAUCAAAUUGGUGGCCCGCGUGGAAACUCGCUCGGUUCUGAGAUCGCUCUGUACUGUCCGAUUAACAGGUGACAAACGAGAUGUGGUGGCCGUGGGUGCCGAUGGUGGAGCCUUGAGCGUACUGGACUUUGAAGGAGGAGGAACGGGGAAAAUUGUUCAUUGCUGUGAUUACGGAAAAACUGGAUGUAGACGAUCCACUCCUGGACAAUAUGUGGCAGCUGAUCCCAAAGGCAGAGCUGUCAUGAUUGCUGCCAUUGAAAAACGAAAACUCGUCUAUGUUCUCAACAGAGAUGCCACGGGAAAACCUACCAUUGCCAGUCCUCUAGAAGCUCACCGUGGCAGAGCCAUCACUUUCGAUGCUGUUGGCUUGGACAAUGGAUACGACAACCCCAUUUUUGCGGCUAUCGAACUCCAAUAUCCAGAAUCUGGAGAUGCAGCAGAACUUCCAAAUGCCGAUCAAGUCGAAAAACAAUUGGCAUAUUACGAACUGGAUCUAGGAUUGAAUCAUGUCAGUAGAAGAUGGGCGACCACCACACACAGGACGGCAUGUUGUCUCGCUGCAUUGCCUGGUGGAAACGAUGGACCAGGAGGAGUCCUCGUGGGAGGAGAAGACUGGAUUGAAUACCUGCACGAGGGACUCACUUUGGACAGCAACAACCUUACACGUCUAGCAGCGACCAUUCCAAGGAGAACUCUGCAUCCCACAGAAAAGGGCAUCCUCAUCACCAAAAUCACUGUACACAAACAGAAAAAAUCCAAGUUCUUUGCAUUGGCACAAUCGGAACUGGGCGAUGUCUACAAAGUGACACUUGAAUUGGAUCCAGCUGAUAAAACAAAGGCCACCGGAAUGGUCAUAUCUUUGCUCGACACGCUGCCCAUUGCCAAUGCUCUCAAUGUAAGCAAGCUGGGGAUGCUGUUUUUGGCAGCACAGGUAGGCGACCAUCAUUUGUACCAGUUUGAGCGCAUCGACCUUCCCGACGCUCAAACAUGCACCUACGAACAAGCCAAUGCCGCCUAUCAAAAAUUGAUUACAAAAGAAGGCGGGGCCAAAUUCCUUACUACCACCACUGCCGCGCAACUGGCGCCAAAUUUCAAACCAACCAUGCUCAAGAAUCUACGCAAACUAUUCACACUUGACAAUCCCUCUCCUACAACUGCAGUAAUGGUGGGUGAAUUGGCGGGAAACGAAGUCAGUCCUCAAAUCUAUACAUUGACUGGAUCAGGACCACGAAGUGCUCUUCGCAUUAUCCGACACGGAGCGUCUGUCAGUGAAUUGGCAGUCAGUGAAUUGCCUGGAAUCCCUGGAGGGAUCUUUACCAUUGCCGAUAACUCAGCCGGCAGCACGGGUACGAACCGCAACGACCAAUACAUUGUUGUUAGCUUUGCCGAUGCUACACUUGUCUUGAGCGUCGGAGAAACGGUAGAAGAAGUUGGACGAGAAUCGGGAUUCUUAACCAACGCACCAACUUUGGCGUGUUCGGCAUUGGGCAAUGAUGGAGCGCUUUGUCAGGUCCAUCCUGCCGGAGUAAGACACAUCCAGCAUGGGCAGGCCCGCCAAUGGCAUUGUCCUGGUUUGAAACGUAUCGAAUGCGCAAGCUCCAACGAGAGCCAAGUUCUCAUUGCGCUUUCGGGUGGGGAAGUCAUCUACUUUCAACUAGACCCACAGAGUGGCAAUUUAACGGAGUGUGCCACAAGAGACAUGGGCGCAGAUGUGUGCUGUCUGGAUGUUGGUACUGUUCCAGAGGGAUCGUCACGAAGUCUCUUUGCGGUCGUUGGGUGUCGUGAUCAGACAGUUCGGAUCGUGAGCCUUGAACCUGGCAAUCUGCUUCACCAGCAGAGCAGUACAGCCUUGAAAUCAAGGCCACAUACGUGCAUUCUACAACGCAUGGCAGGUGAAGCGCCAGACGGGAAAAAUAAGAAUGCUAUUCUGGACGAGCUUGUCCUGGUAAUCGGUUUGGAUGAUGGAAGUGCUCUACGUGCGACUGUGGAUUCUGUGACGGGGUCAAUCUCCACCAGUCACACAAAGCGAUUUCUGGGAGCCCGGCCAGUUGCGGUUUCACGUAUCAGCUUGGAAUCGAGGGCGUCCAGCCUGCUUUUGUCAUCUCGUCCAUGGAUCAGUCGUCUGGAUCCAACUUCUGGCAAACACAUUAUGGCUCCCUUAUCAUACACACCGUUGGAUCACGGUUGUUCCUUUCGUUCGGACGCAGUAAAAGAAGGAGUUGUCGCCACUGCUGGAAAAACCUUGCGAAUCCUAUCGGUGGAUACGGUUGGCAUGGGAGGUGGCCAGGAAGAAGCAUUCAAUACCCAGAAGAUCGAUUUGCGCUAUACACCGCGAAACAUGACUCUUUUAUCAGCGGGCACGGGUAACCCCGCGGGCGCACCUGAGAGUCGAAAGAUUAUUGUGGCAGUUGUGGAGAGUGACUACAAUGAGUACGGUCAGGAGGCCAAAAUUGCAAUGGGAUUUGAUGGAACUGGUGGAGCUGCAGCUGCAUCUAGUGGUGGCGGCAAGGCGAACGACGAUAGCAUGGAUAUGGACGAAGGCAGCGACGAUGAAGGUGACAAGAAAAUGGACACUGAAGAAGGUGAUGGUAUGGAUCCCGAGGAAAAGGAGGCUAGGAAGACCCCAAUCCGAGGCCCCGUCCCAAAUGCGCCUGGCCACUGGGGUUCGUGUGUUCGCUUGCUCGACCCAUCCGAUGCAUGCAGAACUCUGGACUGUGUUGAGAUGAACCGCAAUGAAGCUGCCCUCUGUUGCGCCUCUGUGCGAUUUCACUCAAAGGGAGGAGAGCCUCUGCUGGCUGUUGGUACUGUGACAAACAUGACUUUGCAACCCUUGCGUCAGACGGCGAGUUACAUCAUUCUUUAUAGGGUUGUCAACCGAGAACGACUGCAAUUGCUGCACCGAACUGCUGUCGAUGAUGGGCCAGUCCUUGCUUUGGCGCAUUUUCAGGGAAGACUGUUGGUUGGAAUUGGCAAAUCACUCAAGUUGUACGAGAUGGGGAAGCGGCAACUGCUCCGAAAAUGUGAACUUCGCGGACUGCCUACCUAUGUUAAAACUUUGCAAACGGCAGGGGAUAGAGCCUUCUUGGGUGACAUGAUGCAAUCGGUUCAUAUUGUUCGGUACGACGCAUCCGCCAACCGCCUGGUACUGGUUGCUGCUGAUCCAAACCCAAGACCAAUCGUUUCUCAAGAGUUGCUAGACUGGAACACAGCUGCCGUGGGGGACAAGUACGGAAAUAUUUCAAUCUUGAGGCUUCCUCGUGGCUCUGACACUGGCGCUGUGGACUUUACGGGUCAACGAGCUCUUUGGGGCUCGUCCCGAGAAGAUGCUGCUCCGAGACUGGAACAACUGUGUCAUUUCUACGUAGGCGAAGUUGUCACAGGAAUGACUCGCUCAUCUCUGGUUGCUGGAGGUGCGGAAUCUCUGAUCUAUGUGACGGUUUCGGGACGAAUUGGGGCUCUAGUGCCGUUCACGUCAAGAGAUGAUGUGGACUUCUUCUCCCAGCUGGAGGCACAUAUGAGGAUGGAUGUGGACCGACCUACAGGCAGGGAUCCGCUUGCUUACCGGUCUUACUAUUCACCUGUCAUCCAUGUUGUGGAUGGAGAUCUUUGCAGUGCGUUCACCUCCCUUCAUCACACCGAACAGAGCAAGAUUGCGGAAAAGCUUGACAGAACGGUGGGAGAGGUCAUGAAGAAGCUGGAAGACACUAGGAAUGCCUUGUUGUAGGAUGCCCCAAGGAAGGAGUAAUAUUGUGCCAGAGGGCAGGGCUUUGCUGUCUUUUGCAUGCCCAUAACGUAUUAGCCAUUCUCAAUUAUUAAGUUUUAAGAAGGUACUUUUACAUGUUGGCCCCCGUGUUGGUCUCCAGCUCAUUGCGCCUGAUCCCAUGGAACCUAGCCAGUCCUGAAUUUCAUCUUUUCUUAUUAAGCCUAUGUAAACCCCUUCCAUUCUAG